AUGAUAUCAUCAGGCUCUUAUAACGUGAUUUCAUACGGUCAGUCGUCAGUCGAUUCGAUUAUGGUCACAUCGGUUCAUUGUCCGUUCACAAUAGCAUGCCAUUAUGUCUUUCAUUUUCCCUCCUUCAGUGGUAUAUCGAUCUCUUUUUUAGAUUAUCCUCUUCGUUUCUUUGAAGCAAACUUUCUACGCAGCUGUUUUUCUAAAAUUUCUUCUCUUAAUUAUAACCGACAUAUUGGUUCAUCUCGAGCAAAGCGAACUCGAACAACGUUUGCAGGGAAUGAAGAAGAGAAUAUUGCCCAUGCUGAUGAUUCUUAUGCAAUUUCGAAUCCCAGCACAGUGAUGGGCAUAAAACCAAAACUUAUCAAUGAGGUGCCAUUGAACGACAAGGGUAGGCGUUCACGUCAAUGUAUAGAUUUACACUUCAUUGAUAAAAAGUUUGUUAGUAGACAUUUACAACAUGUUCGUUCCCCAUUACUUGAGCCCAAACUUGAGAACAUUGUAUAA